CGAUAUUUAAAAUAAUAUUUUGUUUCAGCAAUGACUACAUCUUUGGCUUUAACUGAAAUUAAUGGGAAUCGAUAUGAGAUUAACACCAAAAACGGAAACAUCGCGCAGAGGACAGGACCCACAGCACCGGCUCCUAAGCAAACUCGUGACCAAUGGGGCGGACAAAUAGAGUUCCUGUUGGCCUGUCUCGGCAAUGCUGUCGGACUCGGAAAUUGUUGGCGCUUUCCAUAUCUUUGUUAUAAAAACGGUGGUGUUGCCGUGUAUUAUAAUAUGAUAAUCGCGUGGACUCUCUUCUACUUCGUCGGCUCAUUCUUGGGUCAGGAUUGGCAGCAUUGCGGACAACAUUUCAAUACAUUA